GGAGCUGUCCGUGGUGCUGAAAGCCUGAAGCACAGCCUCCCAGCGCAGAGAGAGCAGAGAGAGCAGCGUCAGCGGCUCUACAGUCCACAGGCUUCAGCCACUGGAGUCACACAUCUCCGUAGUCUGUAGACUGUAGUCGUGUUGGCGGACCGACACCAAGAGCCCAUCGUCUCUGUCAAUGAAUCCAUUCAGACAGCGGACCCGGGCUGGAGUCACCGAGAGCAGCGCUCGGUGUGUGUAGUCGGUGUUCGGCGGAGCUCUCCGUAUCUCAGUGCGCCAAGAGGAAAAGUGUUGAUCCCAAGGACGUUCGCUACCCAAAUCUCGAGAAGCGCAAAACAGAGGGGGGGAAACAUGAUGAAUGCUAUCAGAGAUUAUUUCCCUCUCCUGCUUGUUUUUGGGGCGGCGGUGACCGACACAGGCGCCAAAGCUGCGUCUGCCUCUGAGGACGUUCUAUCUCUGACCCCGGGGGGCCCUGCGGAGAGCGGGGCCAGGCUGUACCCCACCACCCAGGACACGGGCAGGAGGCCCCCCGUUGUCACCACUGCCCCACCUGUCAAUGUUCCCAACCACCACCCACUCUACAGGAAUCCCCGCCAGCGUCCUCACGGUCAGCCAAACUACUUUGAACACAGUGGGUUAUCCAGUUCUCAGCCCAACUUCCCCCCUCUAUUAUCCGGGACUCCCCUGGAUCCCGAUGAGAAAAGGGCUUCAGAUGAGAAUGCUGGAAGCGCCAACAUGCAGACGACCCUUGUAAAGCACGCAUCUGCAGCCACUUCUUACUCCAUCACCCCUGCUACAGUCACCAGUGUGGGUUUAAUAGAUCCAGAAGAUGCUGCAACCGUCCCCUCAGCUGCUGCUGCUGCUGCUGCUGCUGCUGCCAGGGAGGGAGAUGUAGAAAGGCCUGGUCAGCCUGGGCUGGAGCAGAAUGGAGAGGAAACUACCACUACCACUACCACCACCAUCACCACUACCAUCACCAUCACCACCCCUGUGCACAGUCCAGAUUCCUGCCAACUGAACCUGACUGGGCCAGAAGGAUACAUAGAGGCUCCACCACAGUCCAGCUCUGCUCUUCACUCCACCAUUGACUGCAGCUACAUCAUCACUGUCUAUAUGGGCUAUGGUGUUGAGGUCCAGGUGAUGAAUGUAAAUCUAUCUGAGGGAGACAAGGUGGUGUUCGAAGAUGUGGGCCACAUGGAGAACACCAUGCUGGCCAAUGAGUCCAUCCUGAUGAGAGGAUUGGUUGUACGCAGCCACAGCAAUCAGAUCUCCAUCCGCUUCCGCAGCUGGAGGUCUCAGGGUGGAUCAGUCCUGCUCAGGUACCAAGCCUUUGUGUUGAGCUGUGUCUUCCCCCGACGGCCUCGCUACGGCGAUGUAUCAGUGAGCAGUCUCCACUCCGGAGGCGAGGCUUUCUUCUCCUGUCUGAGCGGCUACAUGCUGCAGGGCUCCAGCCUGCUGACCUGCCGCAAUGCUAGCACCCCCUACUGGAGUGGCGCAGAACCACACUGCCUUGAAAGAUGUGGAUUAUUCUGUAUCAGCGACAUUAUUUUUGGAAGGAUAUGCAGUCCGGGUUUUCCCCGCAACUACCAACAAACCCGCCCCCACUGUCUGGAGGCCCCCGAGGGGCCCCGACUACAUGUUCAUUUUAAAAAACUCUGCUAAAUGAUUCUUUGUUCCCGUUCCUCUAGGCUGCUGAUCAAAAAUGGUAACAGCAUAGAUGCAGCUGCCCUGUAUGAUUCAUAUGAGGUGGAGUAUCUUCCCAAUGAAGGUCUACUCAGCACGUCCAGGCAUCUCUUCAUUGAGCUGACUUCAGAUGCUACUGGCACAUCUACUGGGAUUGCCAUCAGGUACCAAGGCUAUGCAGCAGGCCACUGCUACGAACCCUUCGUGAAGUACGGUAACCUGACCAGUAGCGACAAUACUUGGGCAGUGGGAGCUGUGGUGGAGUUUGCCUGUGACCCUGGCUAUACUCUGGAACAGGGAUCUGUCACCAUUGAAUGCAUGGACCCCAACAAUCCCCAGUGGAACGAGACCGAGCCUGCCUGCAGAGCUGUGUGUAGUGGCGAGAUCACAGACUCCGCUGGAGUGGUGCUGUCUCCUAACUGGCCUGAAGCCUACGAUAAAGGCCAGGACUGUAUUUGGGGAAUCCAUGUUGAGGAGGACAAGAGGAUCAUGGUGGACAUUCAAGUGUUGAACAUUGGGAAGAAUGACAUGUUGACCUUUUAUGAUGGAGAUGACCUCACAGCUAAAGUACUGGGUCAGUAUGGAGGAUCAAAGUCACGAUUUAAGCUCUACACCUCCACCGCAGACGUCACCAUCCAGUUCCAGUCAGACCCUGCCACUAACGUCUACGGCUACGGCAAUGGCUUCAUAAUCCACUUCUUUGAAGUAGCUCGUAAUGACACCUGCCCUGAACUUCCAGAGAUCUCUAAUGGCUGGAAGAGUACAUCUCACCCUGAGCUGGUUCAAGGCACUGUGGUGACCUACCAGUGUUACCCUGGUUAUCAGGUGGUGGGCGCCGAGCUGCUCAUGUGCCAAUGGGACCUGACUUGGAGCGGCGACCUUCCAAGCUGUGAGAGGGUGGUGUCUUGCCCUGACCCUGGAAAGGUGGAUCACAGCAGACGGGUGCUGUCAGGUUCCCAUUUCACUGUGGCUUCAACCAUCCAGUACAUCUGCAACAAGGGCUUCAUUCUAUCUGGAAACAGCCUGCUCACCUGCUUCAACCGAGGCUCCUCGGGCCCCAAAUGGAAUCAGAAACUGCCUAAAUGCUUGCCGGAGACUUUCGAGCCCUGCAGUCAUCCAGGAACACCUACCUAUGGGAUCCCCAGCUCCAACAAGCUUCAUUUCCAGGCUGGAGAGAACCUCUACUACUCCUGUCUGAUUGGCCAUCAGCUGCUGGGUGAGCCUGUUCUCCACUGUGUCCCUGGACACCCAUCCCACUGGAGUGGGCUGCCACCUGUCUGCAAAGCCCACCCAGCGGCGUCAGAUCAGCACAGUUUAGAUGUGUCUACUGCAUACCUAAGAAUGGAGGGGGCCCAAGUAGCAUUUGCUGUCUUCAUCCCCAUCGUCGUCCUCCUUGUACUCGUUAUGGGGAUCUACCUAUACUUCUCAAAGGUUCAGAGGAAGCCACCACAUCUCUCCCUGUCAUCCAACCUACCAUAUAAAAACAUCACUGGAGAAUCUACGUUUGACAACUCCGUUUAUGAGACAACGAACAAUGAGGAAACAAGAGAAUACGAGGUUUCGAUCUGAAGACGACAGUGUAUGUUUUUCAGAAUGGACGGAGAAGAAGCCUGCUGGCCUUUUCAACGUCUGUCAGACUCACACCUUUGGUGACUCCCUUCACCCUGUUCUCUAUACACCGUAUAUAUGCCUCCCUUUAUUUACCCAACAGAGGAUACCACACUUCCCCUGGAAAGGCUGGGCCACCGGAUUAUUUUUCUAGCUCUUCAACAGGAACCGUCCAGCAGCAGCAGUUUGUACAGUUUUUAAUCCUGUGCUUGCAUCCUGGGGACUUCUAGUGCAAAGUACCAUCUCAGAAAGAAAGGAAUCAAUGUGAAGCUUGUGCCAUUAAAUGCAUAGAACCACAGAUGUUACAUUGUUUUAUCUACAUUAUACGUCAUGUCUCCUGUCACCAUUUAAAGACCAAUCCUUCGAUUUAUGGGAUGUCUAUUAAGAGUGAAAUCUUACAAUUGAAA